UAAAUCACAGUGAACUAGUGAAGACUGAAGACAACAUAAAUAAUAAUAAAACACGGAGUCAUUUUCUUUGGGGAAUUUCAUCGAACACCUUGAUGGCAAGUAACAGAGACGAGCCCCUAACGUUCCUGAACGCAUCAACAUCAUCUUCCUUAGGUGAAGGAGACAGUUCUCAGAUCGGCAGCGCUUCUGGAAGCUUCCAGAACGAAGGGUUUCUCGGCGGUUUCGACGGCGGCGAUGAAGACUUCGGAUUCUCUCGAUCCGACUUCAAACAAAGUCCACUCGUAGGAACCGUCAAAUACUACCAACGACACGUGUUCUUAUGCUACAAGAAACCGCAAGUGUGGCCUCCUCGUAUCGAAGCCGCUGAGUUUGAUCGGUUGCCGAGGUUGUUGUCGGCUGCACUUUCGUCUAGAAAGAGUGAAUUGAAGCGGCAGACUCGGUUGACUAUAUGUGAGGGACAUGAUGGAACUGAAACUUCAAAUGGAGAUGUGUUAAUCUUUCCAGACAUGAUCAGAUACAGGAGGUUGACUCAUUUUGAUGUUGACACAUUUGUGGAAGAAGUUCUUGUUAAAGAUGGUGAAUGGCUUCCUGGAAGUCCUGAGCCGCUUAGUGGAUCGUAUAUAUUUGUGUGUGCUCAUGGUGCGAGGGAUAAACGAUGUGGCGUUUGUGGGCCUGCGCUCGUUUCUAGAUUUAAAGAUGAGAUAGAGUUGCGUGGGUAUCAAAGUAAAGUGUUUGUUCGUCCGUGUUCGCAUAUUGGUGGCCAUAAGUAUGCUGGAAAUGUGAUCAUAUUUGGGUCGAGUAACUGUCAGAAAGUCACGGGUCAUUGGUAUGGAUAUGUUAUGCCUGAUGAUGUACCCGUGUUGUUUGACCAACACAUUGAGAAAGGUGAAAUUGUAGACCGCCUUUGGAGGGGGCAAAUGGGGUUAUCAGAAGAAGACCAAAUGAAAGCUCAAGAACAAAGGGUUAUGGCAAACGGUGAUGACAUGGAAAGAAGCAUAGAAGAUGAAUCGCCGGUGGCGGAUGGCAGUUGUUGUCAGGCAAAUGGUGGUUCCGCCUGUUGUCGGGUUUCGAACCCACCUGAAAAUGCAGUGAAUUUCAAUCUGGAAUCGAAGAUUAACGGUGAAAAGAAAAAGGGUAUCAAGAAUCAGAUUUCUAUCAGUAUCGGUAACAAAGGUGCACCUACACCACACAAAGUUGUCACCAUGCCAACAUGGCUCGAGACGUGGGAGAGAGAAGAUGUGUAUGCGGCUCUGGCUCUUAUUGGUGCUGCAGUUUCGGUUGCAGUUGCCUAUAACUGCUACAGACAGUUGGGUUAAUUGCUUAUUGCAUCUUGUAAUUUUGUUUUAUGAAAUGCUAUCAGGACUCAGGUGUUUUGUUCCUGAUUCCUUUGCUUGCUUGUGUCUUUUGCAAUUUGAAUAAACCUACUUGAUCUGUGUGUAUUAGAGCUUCAGUUUUGAACCAUAAACAUGGACCAUUAUUA